UCUUUCUCAGAGCGUGUUCAUGGCUGCCUCGAGGCGCUCAUGGUCGUUGUCCCUGAUGCCACCGGAGAUAAUACAAAAAAUCUUUUACAAGACUCCGGCGGAAGCUCUCGUCCGAGCAAAACCGACGUGCAAAGAAUGGUACUCUCUCCUCACCGACGAAACUUUCAUCAACGAACACUUCAACCGCUCCAAAGAACACUUCCUAAGAAUCUUCGAUACGGUCCAAAUCAUGGAUCCGGUGACCACAACAAGCUCAGUUUCACCAGUCCCGAACGAGUUAUUACAGCAUCCAUUUAAGAUCGAUACUUUGGUUUACACGCUCAUGGUUCAUUGCGAUGGGCUCAUGCUGGUUGGGAGUUAUAUGUGGAAGUGCAGAGACGACGGGUCAAGAUUCUCCAACCUCGCGCUUUGGAAUCCUGUUUUGAGAAACCUCAGAUGGAUCGAGCCCUCACGAAGUAUCACGACCUCUGAUUACCACGGGAUUGGAUACGACAAGAACAAUCGUAGCGAUGGUUACAAGAUCUUGAGGUUUGCUAGUCGACCUUGGGAGAUUGAGCGUUAUGAAGGUGAUGAACCAGAGGUUGAGAUUUAUGAGUGCAAGACGAGUUCUUGGAGGACUCUUGAUGUCGAGCUUGAUAUGGAUGUAAAUAUCAUGCCUAUCUGUGUGGCUGUGAUGGGUAACAUGUAUUGGAUUGCUUUUAGAGAUGUUGAAGAAGAAGAAGGAGAUGAUGAUGAUGAAGAAGAAGAAGAGUUCAUUCUGAGUUUCGAUUUCUCGGAUGAAACAUUCAAGGACAUAUGCUUCUGUCCGACCUCUUAUGUUAAUAGUCAUUUAUCUUGUUUCAAUGGAGAUAGCUUGUCUUUGCUACAACAAGACCAAACAUCAAGAAACAUUGAGGUGUGGGUUUCAAGCAAGUUGGGUGGUGGUGAUGGUGAUGUCUCGUUUAGCAAAUACUUCAGUUUGUCCGGCCCUGAUCUUCCGGCGUUACGGGUCCACGCAACUGCUGCUCGUCCUGUAUACUGCUUUGUGAAGCCUAAGAGUGUCAUCGUAUGGUGCGUGGAAGUUGAAGGAAAAGUUACCGAUAAGGCUUUUACUUGCUGUACUCUGUACGAGAUUGGUGAGGAUGGGGUGAAGUGUAAAAGGGAGACAGAACGAAACUACGUGCGUGACUAUUCUCGCGCCUUCCGUUGUGGCUAUGUGUAUGUUCCAAGUAUGAUCCCUCUUCCAUGAAUAAGUGAAUAGGGGUUUGUUUCGUGUCUUAAGCUUUUGUUUUUGGUCUUUGUUUGUUGAUCUUCUGCCAUGUAUAUCUUGAAAGAAACUAUAUGAUACUGCUGUGUUUGUGCAGAUGUUACUGAACAUGACGUUAGUCUUGGUUUUAGUAUUGUUGGGGAAAGUCACACGGCGCAGCGGAAAUACUAAUGG